CAGUAUGGACGAUGCUAAAAGUCUGAGUUCAUUUACCGCAACGGAAUACGACAAAGAUGAACUAGUGCCACCGCAAUGGUUGAACAAUGGCUUCUUGGAGCGUGUAUUGCAGCCCCAAAACAGCGGAGAAAUUUGUCAAAUAACAAAUAUUGAAAUUCAGCCAGCAACCAAAAAAGGUGAACACUAUGCCAGUGUGAUGUUCCGAGUUAAGGUGACGUUUACUUUGUCCGGCGACUGUGAUGCCACACAAUGCCAGCAAACGAAGUCAUUUAUUGUCAAAGCGCUACCGGAGUUGGCGGGUGAGAAGCAGCGUUUGCUGGAGAACUCAAAGCUUUUCGAAACCGAAAUCGGCAUUUAUAACGAUGUCUUGCCCAAACUGGUGGAGAAGCUGCGCUUGGCAGGCGAGUGCAUACGAUUUGGCGCCGAUUGCUUACAUCAUGCUCUGAUGCCCAACAAGGUAUUGGUUUUUGACGAUCUAAGGCAGCUAGGCUACGAAAUCGUUCGCAAUCGCGCAUUGACUUUGAGCGAAAUAAAAGCAGGCUAUCUCAAGUUAGCCAAGUGGCAUGCGGCAAGCUAUAAAUUGGCGAACGAGCAACCCAAAAGUUUUGAAACAUUUGCCGAUAGUUUCAUGACCCUACCGUACGUCGUCAACAGCUCAUUCAUAUCUGGCGGUAUCAAGAACUUUAUCAAUAUGCUCGAUACGGUGUCGUCGUUAACCAUGUACAAACGUUACUUCCAGCCCCUGCAGUCCGACUGGGCUACCAAAUGUCGUGCAACGUAUACCGAGUAUUUUUCUAAUCGUCAACCACAAACCUGGUAUGGCAUCUGCCAUGGAGAUUUGCUCGCAAAUAAUUUGAUGUUUCGACAUGAUUCUCUUACUGGCGAAUUGGAGGAUGUAUUGCUCGUGGACUACCAGCUUGCUUAUAUGGGACCUUUAGUUAACGAUCUCAUAUAUUCAUACUUUAUGCUCUAUACGCCGGAGCAACGCGCCAGCAAUCACGACGAACUUUUUGAGUAUUAUUUCAGACAUUUUGUACAGACUUUGCAGUUACUUGGAUGCCAAACAGAAAUGUUAACCUUGGAAAGUUUUCAGCAACAACUAAAGAGACAGAGAGUUUUAGCACUAUUUCUCUUAGUCAGCUUUCUGCCCAUACGCUAUGCGUUGCGCGCUGGUUUAAUAGACAGAGAUCACUUGAUGGCCACCGACGAGGAACGUCGUGACCUCUACUAUGACAAAAAUUACAUCGCAGAGUUGCACACGAUUCUACCAAUGUAUUUACAAUUUGGCUAUUUACAAUAACACAUAAAAACAAUAAUAAAUACAAAUAUUGUUCAUAAGAAAUUAAAA